UGAGAAACUCCGGACUCAAAUUUUUAGUGCAAGUUUUUCAUGCAUCAACAGCAUACCAACCAUACAGAUUCCGUGUGAGGCAGGUACAGUGGUGUGUUGCACGUACACGAACGCAGCGGCUGCACGGUGAACAGCUGGGCUCGAGAGGUUACUACAUCAGCCAGCCAAUCUGAUCAUAAUUUGAAGUAGGAAGAAAAAUAUUUAAACGUGGAAAUUUUGGUUCACCGUAGCCGCAUAGCUCUCACUAAAUGGGGGAUUUCGGUUUGGAUGUUCAUCCACACGAUACGAGGGCCCUCUCACCGCUGGAAUUGUACCCAAAUUCGAGCACCGUGUCUUUGUUUUCUCCCGAGGCGCUAACGAUGCAAGAUGACAUGCUGAUGGAGAAAACUGCCAGUAAGCAGCAUUUGCAGCAGCUAUCGCCAAAUCCAGAUCUCAGCUCCGACAACUCGGACGACUUGUCUCCCGGGUCAAAGUCGAAAUCGGGUGAUUCGAGUCCGUUAACUGUUCCUGAUAAGAACAAAGCACAGUCAGAGGGACCUCCCAUCACAGCAACAUCGUCCGGUGCAGUUGGGCUCUUGCAACUGCAGCAUCAGAUUGGUUACUACGCACAGGCUCAGGCCCAUGCACAGGCUCAAGCACAUCAACAGCAGCAGCAACAACAGCAACAACAGCAGCUUAUUCAGGACGUAAAUCCCAGCAACUACAUCAACAACGUUGCAGCAAGUUCGGGUAACAGUGCAGUAAACUCGGUAGCAAGUUCAAGCAGUUUUUCAAGCUCCCAAAAUCUCUGGUCUACUGCCACAGCAGCGGAAGAAUCUUAUUUCCAGGGCCAGGGGCUGCCAACCAUGAAUGGCACAAUGCAGUUUCAGAACUUUCCACGCAACUCAUCACCACUCUUUAGUCCAAAUCAGGCUACAUUAACCCCACAGCUUGGGAUGCAGCAGCAGCAGGCUGUCCAGCAGCAGCAGCAACGGCGCAACCUACCCCCUCACCAGGCAGCCACACAGCAACAAAACAUCUACCAGACAGCGACUCAGCUCCAACAGGCCCAAGCUCAGCUGCAGGCGCAAGCUCAAGCUGGAAGUCUUUACCUCCAAAACAAGCAGUACACAGCAAACUGGAACUCGGCAGCUGCCCAACAAACAGCAGCAGCAACAUCAUGGCCAUCGCCGCAAGGACACCAACAGCAGGGCAUGCAGCCAUCAGUUCAACAACAGCAGCAAGGGAAUCCUUGGGGGACGGUCGGCUCCCCACCCAGUGGUCCGGCCCCAUCAGUUGCAAACCAAAUGCAGCAGCAGCAACAGCAGCAGCAACAGCAGCAGCAGCAGAGGCGUUCCAUGCCAACCGUUACCAAUCACUCGGGUAGCCACCCCUCAAUUUCACCCCAUAAAGGCCGUGUUCUUUCCAACCCUAUCAUCUCGCCACCCAAGUUUCAGCGGAGCACAUCACUGCCAGCAAAACACUAUGGACAGCAGCAGCAGUAUCCAUCGGGGAUGAACACAGCACCAGGGUUGGAGUUCACCAGAGCAGAUGGGAAGAGAACAGAUGCUAACACAAACACACUCUUUCCAUACCAGGAAAGAGCAGGGCACAAUGCUGGGGUUGACCCCAUGAAAUUGUCCUCCCUUGAGCAUCAACUUUUUGAUAUCAUGCGUGGCACAGAGCACCCCAUGGAGCACUACAGUCGAAACUCUUAUGGUUUGCUGGAUGAUGGCCGCCAUGAUCAAAUUGUUCCAUCCCUGAGUUCGCCGGGUCAUAUUUCACCCCGAUCGAACCCGGACUAUGGAAUUGAAAGGUUCUCAAGGAAAGUGUUUGUGGGUGGAUUACCUCCUGAUAUUGAUGAAGAGGAGAUCACAGCCAGCUUUCGGCGGUUUGGCAGCCUGGUUGUUGACUGGCCCCACAAAGCUGAGAGCAAGUCAUAUUUCCCACCCAAAGGUUAUGCAUUCCUCCUGUUCCAAGAUGAGCGGUCUGUGCAGGCACUGAUCGAGGCAUGCAUCAAGGAGGAAGAUAAACUUUAUCUUUGCGUCUCGAGUCCAACCAUCAAGGACAAACCGGUCCAAAUUCGUCCAUGGAAUCUUGCAGACAGUGAUUUUGUCUUGGACGGUUCACAGCCGUUGGACCCGAGGAAGACCAUCUUCGUUGGCGGAGUGCCAAGACCUCUCAGAGCCAUUGAGCUGGCCAUGAUCAUGGAUCGUCUGUACGGAGGGGUAUGCUAUGCUGGCAUCGACACAGAUCCAGAGUUGAAAUACCCCAAGGGUGCCGGCCGUGUGGCAUUCUCUAAUCAACAAAGUUACAUAGCAGCCAUCAGCGCUCGCUUUGUGCAGCUUCAACACGGCGAUAUUGACAAGCGAGUUGAAGUGAAACCCUACGUCCUUGAUGAUCAGAUGUGCGAUGAGUGUCAGGGUGUUCGCUGUGGAGGUAAAUUUGCUCCUUUCUUCUGCGCCAACGUCACCUGCCUCCAAUACUACUGCGACUUCUGCUGGGCCGCCAUACAUGCCCGCCCAGGACGAGAGUUUCACAAGCCCCUCGUCAAGGAAGGUGGGGACAGACCUCGCUCAGUACCCUUCCGAUGGUAAGAAUGAGGAGGGGGGGGGGGGGGCAAAAGAAAUCAUCAGUAGCAUCAGGGAGUGAAAGAGAUGUUACAUCGUUGACUGCCAAGAUUUUUCAAACGAAAAACAAGAAGGUGUAAGUGUUGAAACUAUCUUACAUUUUUGUGGAAGUGUUUGUCAGUGUCGUUGUUGUGGAAAUGUGUCUAAACCGUUAAUUAUUUCAAAUGAACUAUUUUUGUAAUGUUAUAUUGUAUUAGUUUGAUUUCUGGUUCAGACAACUUUCCAUCUAUCUGACACGAGGACGCACUUGGGAAUUGAAUUGCUUUUUGGAUGAUAGCUCGAGGCUGCUCUCUGGCUGCACUCUGUAGGAGAGCUUACGGGGGAGGGGGGGAAAGGGGUCCAGGCAACAACCAUCUUAAGAAGCACUAUCACAGACAAACGCCUUCUUCUCGUAAAAGUGAAUUAAAAACACACAACUGAUGUCGAUGCCAAACCGUUUGUCACAUAAUGUGAUCAAUUACUGGAGCAACAUACCAGAGAUAUAUUUAUCAUUUCUGUGUGAAUGUCCAAAGAAUGUUCACAUGUUUUAUUUUAUUUCUUUGACAACUCAUUUAAUUUUGCUAAAAGGGCCAGUUGUCUGUGGGUGAAUAAAAAAAAAAAUUGGGAAAAGGGGCUUGGUUUGGGAUUUAAUUAACAUUUACCAGCUGUCUCUUCUUCAUACAUGUACAUUGUAGAAAGCAAUCAUUUGACAUGACAUGUUAGUAUAAUUAUUGGAAGUCCAUUGGACAUUAGUGUCAAAAACAUGCCAUGUUAUUACAUUCAGUUCUUGACGUUUGUGUACCGCGAAUGUGUGCUAAAAGUUUUAUCUCGAAAUAUUAACCGUCUUGGCUUCAGUCUUGUGCUGUACGCCCCUCAACAACUUGAAAGGGUUGAUUGUAUUAAGGCAGCUUCAAGGUUCCUUUGUUACAUUUUAUAAACUCGACCUGUUUCCGGCUAGUGUAGCGGCGUCACAGAAAUCUUGUUUGUGUCUGAGCGAAACUGAAGCCUGUCCUACAAAAUAAGCAUGUUCCUGUAUUUAAGGUGACUCAGUGUAGGGAGAGUUUAAGAAAAAAUGAGUAGACUUAACAAAGACAAAUUGUGCCUGCUUAAUAUAGUGAAGUUCAUAACGGAUGCUUCUCAUUUAAGGUGAGGCUCCGUGAUUAGUAAAAUAAAAUUAAAAACUGACGCACGUUUAUGAUACUAUUUCGGCUAACAUGUAUUUGAAACUUGUCUGUAUUGAUGCCGGGCUGUAUAACCCUCAGCCAUACCGCAGUCAUCAUUGUCUGGCGCCAUGUGUGCAGUAGUGAUAAUAAUGCUGAUACACUAGAGGGGGCCCUGACUACUUCGACUUGUAUGGAAGGACAGAGGGCUUUCUCUGCACCCAGAACUAAAGUUUAUUCAACAUCAACAAAUUGCGUUACUUCUAGUGAGAUAGUUGUCAGCUAGUAGUCUUGCCUACUUUUAAGCGGACUAGGUCUUGCCUCAUUUCUGAGGUUUCGGACAAAAUAGAGAGAUUUAGUCACGUAAUAGAGAAAUUAGACCGGCUGAGCUUUAAAAUGUCAAGAAUAUCUCGUUAUGGAGGCAAUAGGCAAGUACUGUGCUUCACUAAGCUUAGACUUAAAAAGAAAAAACAAAAAAAUAAAUUGGUAAAAAACUUCAAGCACCAAAGUAUGUAUCUGUUGUGCAAUGAGAUUGUGACUCCCAAACUAACAUGCAUAUAAUGUUAAUAUGCAAUCUGUGUCUAUUUAAUGUGUGCUAUAUAAAGAAGGGCGGAAAAAAAAAUAGUGAAAAAAAAAACACAAAAAAAACGUGCACAUAAAAUGAACUGUACUAGAUUUUUACAUUUGUAGAGUUUCUAGUUUAAUCUUCCACUUUUUUCAAAUUUUUUAUUGUUGAAAUUGACUGUGCAUUGGUUGUACAUGUUUGAGUACUAGAGAGCUGUUUAUAGGAGCUGACAACAUAAAUGCUGGUGGUACAAGUAUUUCAAGAAGUGCUAAUAUGAAUCAACCUGGCAUGUGUGAACUUUAUAUUACAUAUUAUUUUUUAGAUAAGCAAACGGGUCAUUCGUACACUUUUAUACGAAGCGUGUUUUCCGUCGUCUCUCUUCUGCUUUAAAAAAAAUUUUCUCCAUGUUUAUUUUUGAUUUUUGUUCUGUUUUGUAAAAGAAAGAUUGUCUGGUGUCAACAAUCCUAAAAGAGUGUCAAAUUACCACUUGUGUGCAAUGGUUUCUCAAUACGUUUGUUAUGUUUUUCUAGCGAUGAAAACAAGAAAGAGGCGGUCACGAGAACAUGCGACACUGAAAUAGCCUCAGUUUUCAUUUUGAAAAUUAUAAUUAAGAAUGUAGAAAUACAUGUUUUGUGUGUUGACUUAACUAUCAAACCACGUUUUUUUAAUUUGUAAAACCACAUAUUUUUUACUGUCUUUUGGGAAACACCUGGUGUUCUAAAAGAUCCGUAUUUCUUGAAUCUGCUUAGGUACUAAAGUCUACUUAGCACAGAAAUUUCUUGCUUAGUGGAAACAGGUACACAACCUAAGUUCCUUAGUUUUGAUAGUUUUCAAGUGACCCCAUGCAGGGCCCAAUUUCAUGGCUCUGCUUACCAUAAACAAAGAAUCGGCGCUUACGGAAGCAGGGAAUU